UUGACUACAAUUCCCAUUGUACAUCGCAGUCUAGUAGUGACAACACAGUAAGGCCAACAACCACAUGUCCAACAUGGCUGCGUUCAUAGAUUUAAACAUCAGCUAUACUGCAGAUAAGAAAAGACUUCAGAACAUUAUUGAAACCGCCGCCCAUCUUGGAUAUUCCACAGUUGCUAUCAAUCACGUGGUUGACUUUCAACAAAAGAAACAGGAAGUUGGAAAACCGAAAUGUGUUUCUGAACUGUUUGAUCAAUUCCCAAUUGUGCAGGGUAAAUCCAGGCCAAUUAAAGUUCUGAACCGGUUGACCUUGAUGGUUUCUGAAGCAUCUCACUUUAGGACAACCAAUGAGUUCAAGUUGUAUGACAUAGUUGCUGUGUUCCCCAAAACGGAGAAGUUGUUUCAUGCAGCCUGCAUGUCCUUUGAUGUUGACAUCAUCUGUAUUGCUGUGACAGAAAAGCAACCCUUUUACUUCAAACGACCUCCAGUAAAUGGUGCAAUUGACAGAGGAGUGUUCUUUGAGAUCAGUUAUGUGGCUGCUAUUAAAGAUUCCACCAUGAGAAGAUACACCAUCUCAAAUGCACUCAGUCUAAUGGAGACAUGCAAAGGAAAGAAUGUUAUUGUAUCCAGUGGGGCAGAAAAGCCCCUUGAGUUAAGAGGACCAUAUGACAUCGCUAAUCUGGGACUACUGUUCGGUCUGUCUGAAGGAGACGCCAAAGCUGCAGUUUCUACCAACUGUCGAGCUGUCCUUUUGCAUGGAGAAACCAGAAAGACAGCUCUUGGAAUUAUCCACACUGUGAAAAAGACCCAGCCCACUACAGAAGGGCAGGAGGAAGAGGAGGCCCCAGCUUCAAAAAGAAUGAAAACAGAAGCCAUGUAGCCUGUCAUUGAGUGGAUGAAUGUCUGCGAUUAGGGUUUGCUUCAGUCCAGUCAUAAAGCUGUUUGUCAUUAACCUUUGGUUUAAUGUUCACAUGACUUCUUAGGAUUUUUUCUGAAUAAAUGCAGUCUUUCUGGUGGAAUAAAGCCACACUCAAUUAAAAAAUUUGAAAAUGUGAACAGCUGUGUAAUUGGAUUGAAUCAGACCCAGACUCUAAUUAAGUUCUAUUUAGCACAUUUUAAAUGAUUUGUUUUCCCAGUGACUUUGAAUUGUGUAAAUUGACUUUACUUGUACAUAGAUUGUCCUCUUGCAAUUUUGAGUUUAUAAUCACAAAUACAUGAUUGGAAAUAUACAUGCAACUUUUGAAUGAUAGCGUAACUGAAGUAUGCAGUGGUUUAAUUUAAUUUUUAUUUUUGAAAACAGUCAAAUACACUUAUUAAAACUCUGAGGCUGUUAGAUAUUUUACAAUUGGAAGAAAAAGUUGAAAAAAUGUACAUAUAAAAUUCACAUCAAGUAAAAAAGAUACAAUAAAUUCAGUAAGUGCAUUCAAACUUAAUGCUCUUUCUUAUGGAAGAUAUCACACAAAAAUCUAUUUUAAACACACCUGGCUGGCACAUGUCACCUUUCUUGUUUAGAGAUACCUUUGGCAUGUGCAUGUGACAUUUAAAAUAACAGUUAAAUCCUGCAAUGUCUGUAUAUAAAAGUAAUUUGAUUUCA